CACGCCCUUUUCUCUUAUCCACUCUGUAUGUAUCACUCCAAAAUGAAAUCACGAGAAAAAUAUCUUCUAAUAACACACAGCCACACUCAUUCCCUUCUCUAACCACAACAACGCCCUGUUACUUUCAAUUACGCUACAUUCGCCAUUUUUCAUCAAUCCUCAAAACCCCAACCCUAACCCUAAAUCCUCCACUUCCUCUGUAAAUCUUUAAAAGAAUUCACUAACCAUGGAUGUCGCCUAUCUGUCCCAGGGCAAAUGCAUUCCAUCUCCAAUUCGUUCCUCGACCCAUCGUCCUCUCUCCGUUCUAUCUCGGAUUUCGAUUUCCGUCCUCAAAAAUUCAAGAAACUGUAAUUCAAUUCGGCGUAGAAACGUGUGUACGGCUUCGAGUUCUGAUACCUUGGUUGGAUCGCGCAAAGACGACGGGAAGUCUCUUGAGGUUGUGAGCAAGAAAGAAGAUGAGUUAGAGGACUUGAAAUCAUGGAUGCACAAGAAUGGACUACCUCCUUGCAAGGUUGUUCUCAAGGAAAGACCUUCAUAUGAUGCCAAUCAUCGGCCUAUACAUUACGUUGCUGCUAGCGAGGAUCUUCAGGCAGGCGAUAUUGCGUUUUCUGUUCCAAAUUCCUUGGUGGUAACACUUGAGAGAGUGUUGGGGAACGAGACCAUUGCGGAGCUCUUAACCACGAAUAAGUUGUCAGAAUUGGCCUGCUUGGCGUUGUAUCUGAUGUACGAGAAGAAACAAGGAAAAAAGUCUUUCUGGUACCCGUAUAUUAGGGAGCUCGAUCGUCAGAGAGGAAGGGGCCAGCUAGCUGUAGAAUCGCCGCUACUAUGGUCGGAAAACGAAUUGGGUUACCUGACUGGCAGUCCUACAAAGGCUGAAGUUAUAGGGAGGGCUGAAGGGAUCAAGAGAGAGUAUAAUGAGCUUGACACUGUUUGGUUUAUGGCUGGGUCUCUGUUUCAGCAAUACCCAUAUGAUAUACCGACGGAGGCCUUUAGUUUUGAGAUUUUUAAACAAGCUUUUGUUGCAGUUCAAUCUUGCGUUGUGCAUUUGCAGAAAGUCAGUUUGGCGCGCAGAUUUGCACUGGUUCCACUUGGACCCCCAUUGUUAGCCUAUAGAAGCAACUGCAAGGCGAUGUUAACUGCAGUUGAUGGUGCUGUUCAAUUAGCUAUUGAUCGCCCAUGCAAGGCUGGGGAAUCUAUUGUUGUCUGGUGUGGGCCUCAACCUAAUUCAAGAUUGCUUUUAAACUACGGUUUUGUUGAUGAAGAUAAUUCUUAUGACCGCAUAGUGAUCGAGGCAGCAUUGAAUACCGAGGAUCCACAAUAUCAGGACAAGAGAAUGGUUGCUCAAAGAAAUGGAAAACUAUCAGUACAAGUUUUUCAUGUGUAUGUGGGGAAGGAAAGAGAAGCUGUUUCAGAGAUGCUUCCUUAUUUGCGAUUAGGAUACGUUUCAGAUCCUUCAGAGAUGCAGUCAGUGAUAUCUUCACAAGGUCCAAUAUGUCCGGUGAGCCCUUGUAUGGAACGAGCAGUUUUAGAUCAGCUUGCUGAUUAUUUCAAAAUGAGGCUAGCUGGUUACCCGACUACACUGAGUGAAGAUGAGUCUUUGUUGGCAGAUUGUAGUUUAGAUCCAAAGAGACGAGUUGCUACACAGCUUGUCAGGUUGGAAAAGAAAAUGCUAAAUGCAUGCUUGCAGGCUACAGUUGAUUUGAUAAACCGGUUACCUGAUGACACCAUAUCUCCAUGUCCUGCUCCUUACGUUCCUAUAUUGAAAUGAAAGGUCUCUCUCUCUCCAUGUGCUUGAACUGAUCCCUUUGUGAUUAUCCAAAACUUCAAGACCUCUUUGUACCUGGCUAUAUCAGUUCAAAUUGAACAAUCCUAGACAAGGUAGAUCUGAAGGCUUCUUACAGUAAUGAAGGAAGUCAAAUUAAAUCGGUUACUAGCUUUGUAGGCUGGAAAGACGGUGAGUGUGCUUGCUGCAGCAGGUUAGUGAGUUGAAGCUGUGGAACUCGUUGCGUACGUACGUACUGUACCUCCUCAGAGAUCACCCCCUUUCCCAGUUUUAUUUUCUAUUUCAUUUCCUCUUUGGCUAUUUUGUGGAUCAAUGUGAUUAUCACUCCUUGUUUUCAAAAAAAAUAAAAAAGAAAAGAAAAAGAAACAGACAAACCAAGAAAAAGGGGAAAAGGACUUUUGCUUACAGUGUGGGUGUUUAAAUCAUACUGGCCAUUCGUGUAACACUGGCCUUUUCUUUGUAAAUGCUGAUUAGGAUGAUCAAUGUUAGUUGAAUCCUGUUUAUAUCA